UAAUUUUCAUAGGUCAACGCCGGGUGGUUAUAAACUCUGUCGCCCACUUCAGUACGAUUGAUCGAUCCAUCUCCUUCUUCCUUGCAUACGUUCAUUACACACUUCCAUAAACAGAAAUCAAGAGAUCGUCCUCUUCUUUUGGCUUUGAGAAAAAUAAAGCAGAAAGCAAAUAGAAAAGAUGGCCGUCCCGGAUGCGGCCGUGAGUUUUCUGCUGGAAAAUGUGGGUCAACUCCUGAGUUACAACCGUCAUCUGAUUGCCGAUGUGAAGGAAAACAUUGAGAAACUGGAAGCAGAUUUGAAGGUUCUGAAGAUCCUGAUGGUGGAUUUCUCAAACUACACUGACAACGACAGUGAACUCCUCAAGCAAACAAUGAAGGAUAUCAAAUCAACACUUUGGAAAGCUGAGGAUGCCAUUGACAACUAUAUAGUUCAGGCUGACCUCCGAACAUCCAGGCCUGGAUUCUCCGGGGCUUGUCACGGCGUGACGGAUUUCGCUGUGGUGCUUGGAGAAGUUGGGAGGGAGAUUGAAGUAAUCUGUAAGAAAGUUGAGGAGCUCAGAGCUCAAAGAGUCUGGAGUGGCUUUGAAGCCAUCUCUAGUAACUUCAAUAAAACUGCAGAAUCUAGUGAGGCACACAAAGUGGAGGAAGAACAACUGAUCAUUGGGUUUGAUGGGGCAGCCGAAUACUUGGUGGACUGCCUGGUUAAAGGACCAAAGCAACUUGAAGUUAUCUCAAUAGUUGGAAUGUGUGGAUUGGGGAAAACUACACUGGCUAAAAGGGUUUUCAAGGAUCCUCAUGUUACAUAUGAGUUUAUGGAUAAGGUCUUUAUUUAUGUUUCACGAGAUUACGAUAAGAAAAAAGUGAUGCUCGAAAUUUUGGCUUCUUUCGCUGAGAUCAAUGAUGAAGUUAGUAACUUGGACGAAGAAAGGCUAGAAAAUUACCUUAGACAACAAUUGGAAGGAAGAACUUAUCUGGUGAUAUUAGAUGAUGUUUGGGAGAAAAAUGAUUGGGAUAGAUUCAAAUUUGCUUUUCCUAACAACAAUAAGCGGUGUAGAGUUCUCAUGACUACCCGCAAUGCAGAGGUGGCAAUGUAUGCACAUCCAAAUAAUCCAAACUAUUGGUAUAAGUUGGACUUUUUAAGUUUGGAUCACAGCCAAGAAUUACUCAGGUUGAAGAUUUUCCAAAAAAAUGAAUGCCCUCCGAAAUUUGCAGAGUAUGUAAUGAAAAUAGCUAGUAAAUGUUAUGGUUUACCGUUGGCCUUGGUGUUAAAUGCAGAAAUGCUUAUGAACCAUCCUGAAAAUAUUGAUUGGUGGAGGGAAGUUUUCAACAACCUGAGCGAUUACAAGGCCAGGGAUAUAACACAAGUCACCAAGCUGAUAUACUUCUCGUACAAGCAAUUACCGAACCACUUGAAACGGUGUUUUCUCUAUCUUGGUUUAUUCCGUAAAGACUUUGAGAUUCCUGUUUGGAAACUAGUGCGGCUGUGGAUUUCCGAAGGACUCAUACAACAGGAAGGCAAUCUUGACAUGGAGGUUGUAGCAGAGAAAUACCUGGAAGAGCUUGUUUUUAGAAGCUUGGUAAUGGUGGGACGACGGAGGUCCAAUGGCAAGAUGAAAACUUGCCUCCUGCAUGGCACACUUCGUGGAUUUUGCCACCGAGAGGCUGUAGAAGAGAACUUUUUCCAAGAAAUUACAAUGGAUAACCUGUCAUCCUUUGGGCUUGGAAACCUGGAUCAAUACCGUCGUCUUUGCAUCAACGAUGUCAAUGUGUCGCAUUUUCUUUCUGUCGCAACUGCAGGCAAGUGUGUCCGGUCUUUCCUUACUUGUCCUCGAGAAGAUAUGGCAGUCGAAUUGAAACUUGUUAGAUCCAUUUCAAAGGCUUCCAAGCUUCUCAGGGUGUUGGAGGUUCAAUCACUUAUUUUCCCUCGUUUCCCCCCUGAAUUCUAUGGUCUUGUUCUUUUGAAGUACAUAUCCAUAAACUUCAGAAACGGGAUCAUCCCUCAAGCAUUUUCUAAGCUUUGGAAUCUGCAAACUCUUAUAGUAAAAACUAGUUCCCCUACUCUUGAAAUCCAAGCAGACAUUUGGAAGAUGCCGCAUUUCAGACAUUUACACACCAAUAGAGCAACCAGUUUUCCAUGCCCUAAUGCAAAUAGCCAACUGGAAGGUAAGGAGGGCGCUUUGUGGCCUAAAAAUGUCCAAACACUAUGUACCAUUUCGCCUGAAAGUUGCAAAAGAGAAGUUUUUAACCAGACUCCCAAGCUAAAGAAACUGGGCAUUUAUGGGUCAUUAUCCAAGUUGUUUGAGCUAGAUGGUGGAGCUAGUUUCUUCGCAUGUCUUAACAAAUUGGAGUCGCUCGAAAAUCUGAAGCUAUUGAAUAGUGACAUGAACUCCAGGCUCUAUAUUCUUCCUUUGAAGAAGAGCUUUCCCCCACAGUUAACAAGGCUCACUCUAUUAAAUACUCGACUAGAUUGGAUAGAGAUGUCUGUAUUGGGGGAGCUCGAUACUCUUGAGGUUCUCAAGUUAAAAGAGUUCUCAUUUCAAGGAAACAUGUGGGAAGCUGAAAAAGGAGGUUUUAAGCAUCUCAAACACCUGUACAUUGGAAGCACUGGUCUGGUGGUCUGGAAGGCUUCAGGGGAUCAUUUCCCCCAACUGAAAAGCCUUGAACUCAACGGCUGCGAGGAGCUUCAGGAACUUCCAUAUGGUUUGGCAGAUAUUCCAACCCUACAAUCGGUAGUCCUUCACCACACCAACAGCAGCGUGGCGUCCUCUGCCAGGAAACUGUUGAAACUCAAACUAUUACAAGCCAACAAAGGCGACCGGAACAUAAUUAAGCUUUCUGUUUUUCCUCCAGACCAUUGAGGUUCUUCCACCUAUCCCGUACAAUUUACAGUUUCCUGUGCAGGUUAGUGACGUUACGUUGUAUUUUAAGAUCUUCUUUAUGCCUCCUUAAACUAGGGAAUGCAAAUAAGUUAAACUAUAUGCCUGGCAAAAUUUGGUUUCUAAUGUUUUUUUCAUGCCCGUUUCUAGCUGUCAAUGUGGAGGAAUCAGGUCCAGACCAGUGAUGCUUCUGCUAAAGGAUUGAAAAGCAUUUGGCAUUAUUUCGGAACAAGGCGAACCCAAAUAUCUUGUAAGCUAGUAAUGACGAUGUGAGUCUAUGUCUUAGUUUUCUCUUUCUUUUGGAAGAAAUAAUUAGGAAGUCUACUUGUGGUUUGUCCUCCUUCCUAUUCCUAUACCUGAGUUUUUCUUGCAACAUGAUGAAUUCUGGCUUUGACUUGGCACUUCUCCAGGUUCUGUUUCCUAUCCUUCCCCAGUUUCAAUCAAUUUAAGACUGAACAUCUGUUUUUCUUUUUCUUGACAAGUUAAGAACAUCUGUUGUUUCUAUAGAAAGUUAAGAGUCCGUAUCCAGUGCACCCGGGUAUACCGUAUACCCCCACCAAACACACGCGUUACACGCGCUCAACAUUUUUCACCUUUACAUUAAAUGCUGGUUAUCCACCCAUUUCAUACUGGUUAUCCUAUGAUGUUAUCUUGCUUAUCC